UCCGCAAACAACGGUUGCCAUUGUGUUUGGUCAAUAAUGGAUUACAUUCUAACUGCACAGUGAUACUCAGUGGCUUGGGAGCCACUUGCAGUUCUUCUGAGCACCAGUCUCCAAUUGUUAUUUAUGUAUUUUUUAUGUCAUUUAUAGUCUGCCUUUCUCACUGAGACUCAAGGCGGAUUACAAAGUGUGAGAUUAGUACAGCCAAUAUCAAGAACAUUUCCAUGAAUAAUGCCAUAGGGUACAUAGAUACAAGUUUACAAAGAAACAGCAUUAGCGGGAAUCCAGUACAACAUAGUGGUGAAGUCUAUGGUUCCUAAUUCAUUAGCAGGGCAUCUGAGACCCCCUCCCUACAAUAGCCCUGCAUUUCAGGAAAGUAAACAAAGGGUCCUUGCCGAGUGGGGCUUGUGAGCUGGCAGGUGGUUCCCACCUUGAAACAGCUGCUGUUGGAGGAAGAGGUAAGCUGCAAACCUCCCUGAAAGUGCAGGACUCAUUCCCAGGAUGGAAGUAAAUUUGACUCUUUUGACAGCUGAUACAUGCAAACAUGGCUCACCAUGAACUGCAGAGUCAGCACCUGUUUUUUCUUUAAUGGCUUAAAGGUAACACUGGACAUAUUCAUUCAAGAAAAUGAACUCCUGGGGAGGGAGGAAAGUGCUAAGGGAACUAGAAGUUCAUACCUGACUUAAAGCGUCAAAAAAGAGAUCACGAUCGGCCAGAUUACUGUGGAGGUUGGCGGUGGGGCAAGCACUGCUUUGAUCUAUUUAUCGAAAGAAUGUAUUUAAACUCUCAAAUCAGGAAAAGAUUUACUUAAGAGGGACUGCUACUAACGCACUAUUAUGUUACAGCGGAAAUGGGAGGAACAGAGGAUUUCGCUGCCAAAUAAGUAACAUCCCAGCUGGUCAAGAAAAUGCAUACUUCCGCUGGAACAUACAUGUGAGAUCUGACCAAAGCAAAAGGGAAGUUCUUCUUGUACCGUUCAUUUUAUGUGAUGAAAUAGACAUAGAUGCAAUGGAUGCAUCCGGCCUAACGGGUCUCCACCUAGCUUCCAAAAACCUCAAGCUAGAGAUAAUUCAACUUCUACUCUAUUGUGGAGCUAAUGUAAAUCUCGCAAAUCCAGAGACUGGCCAAUCCGCACUUCAUUUUGCCAUCCUGUCUUCGUCAUCCAAAGGCGGUGUCACCUUAGCGGCAGGGGCAGAGUGUGUUGAGGUACUUCUGCACAAUGGGGCACAAGCGCGCAUGCGAGACAGGAAUGGGAUAGAAGCUAUUCAUUUUGCGUGCCGCUGUGGGAGAAAAGAUCUUGUUACCCUCCUGUUAGAUCAUGGGGCAGACAUCGAUGCACUAACAAGCCAACAAGAGUCUCCCCUUUACCUGUUCCUUGAAGAAAAGAGGAAUCAAAGAAAGGUACAGUUACUGGACAAACUGCUCAGCCUGUCAUACCCUCUGAAAUUAACUAACUCUAAAGGAUGUCUACCCAAAGGGCUUCUCUUUCCACAUGCCAGACAACUGAAAGAUGCACUCUUAAGAAUGGCUUCAGAUGUCUUAUCCCUGCAGGAGAUCUGCAAAUUCAACAUUAGGAAAAUAUACGGAGAAAAGAUGAAAUGGUGGCUGCAAAAGAAACUUCCAACCACACUGUGGAACUCCAUAUACGUCUACCAAGAAUUCUCAUAUGCUUCCAAAAUAAAGCCUUUUGAUUAACAUGUGGAUACACAUUCAGAAUCACCAGCUAGCCAACAGCAGCAGAAACAGGACCCCAUGAAACUGUUCUAGCACAAAAAUAUAAAUUCAGUAUUUGUCUUUGCACUCUGAAGCCGACCUACUUUAUUGAGCGUUUCUUUCUGUCCUAGGUAGGGGUGUGUAAAAUGAAACAAACAAUCUGGAAAUGUACCCAGAAAUUGCUGGGUUGGUUCAUUAAAGUGGCUUCUGGUACGGUGAAACAAAUUCGGGAAGUGAUACAAUAAC